AUGGUUCAUGUUCGAGUUGGUAAUUCUCAUCCGUGUGUGGAUAUUUACUUCAAUGUCUAUAAAACACCAUGCUCAUUAUCAUCAAAACAAUUCUUCACAUCAACACCCAUGUAUGAAAAUAGUCUUUUAAUUCCGUCACCAAUUCCGUCAAGGAGUUAUCAAAUACAAAUGAGCAGUAAUAAUCAAUCAUUAAACUACGUUUUCAUAAAAGACGAUGUUCAGUCGAACAAAAUUCUUUUAGAUGAAAAUGCUAAGGAUCUAUACGAUCAUCUAUUUAAUGAUCGACAUUUAAUACGAACAGAAAUAAAAUCGGACAAUAAAGAACAAUCAUCGAAUAGAAGUCGUAUUUCUAAAAUUGUAUCUGCUAAUAGUAGUAUUAUGAAACCAAGUAGUGUCACCUGCUCAAAUAGUAAUCGUCCAUUAGCGCUGUCUCGUUCAAAAAAUUAUACACUCAAACAAAUAUUAGAAAAUGUUGAAAAUAUUCAAUUACACUCAACAAACAGUGAUUAUGGUUCGAUAGUAUCAUCACCAAUUAAUAAUUGUUUUAAAUGGAAAUCUAUCUACAAAACAUUGAGAAAAAAACAAAACAAGCAAAAAGAACGUAAAUUCAAUGAAUCAACUACAGAUCAAAAAAACAAUCAUUCAUCAACUAGUGGAAAAUCAUUAUUUGCAUUUGGUGGUGAAACAUUAAGAUGGAUUGCAUUGCCCUAUAUAAAUUAUAAUCAACAUACGUAUGAAAAUGAACUGAUAAGUAAAGAAAAUUUUACAAGAUUUUGA